UAAACUUCCUCUUUUAUCAUCCCACCUUCCACUUCACAUCCAUUCCUCACCCAAUUUCCUCUUCAAUCGUAUCUUCAACUCCUGAAUCGAUUCAUUUCAAAACAAUUCCAGUGCUAAUGCCUUUCCAACAGAAUUUGGAAGAACAUGCACCACCGUUCGAUUCUUCAGGAGACGCAUCACUAAACAAGAACAUGAAAUCAGAUUCUGAAAAUUCGACAGGAUUUUGUGAGUGCAACAUCUGUUUGGAUUCAGCAAGAGACCCUGUGGUUACCCUAUGUGGCCACCUCUACUGCUGGCCUUGCAUUUACAAAUGGCUUCAUGUCCAAAACGCCUCUCUUGAAUCCGAUAAACACCCGAAAUGCCCUGUUUGUAAAUCCCCCAUCUCCAACUCAUCCCUAAUUCCGCUCUAUGGCCGUGGCAAUCUGCCAUCAUCUGAUCCCGAAUCCGAAUCCAGAUCAAACCCCGAAUGGAGAACGACCCACCAAUCAGAACUAGUCAUUCCCAGCAGACCAUCAGCUCCAGGUGGCUCGAUUUUGCAUCUGAAUCAGCCGUUCCAUCCUGGUCCUUUUCAGCCUCAGACUCAACCUCAACCCCAGAUCAUGAACCACCCGCACCCAUUUGGAAGCUAUGCCUUCGGACCAUCUAACCUAGGUGGACCCAUGGCCAUGACACCAACCGGCUUUUCAAACCCGUUUGUGGGAAUGGUUGGAGAAAUGGUCUGUGCUAUGAUCUUUCGGAGUUCUGAUUCGGGCUUCUUUGCUGCGUAUCCUUAUAGAUCGUACCAGAACCCCUAUCUUGUUCCAGGCACGGGUAGUCCGAGGGUGAGAAGGCAAGUAAUGCAGGUGGAGAAAUCACUUAACAGGUUAACCAUAUUUUUCUUCUGUUGUUUCAUGUUGUGUCUUCUGUUGUUCUGAGUUUUGGGUGAAGAAUUUUAUAUUCAUUGACAUAAUGUGGAUGUGAUGAUAUUGUAAUUCUUUCUUAUUC